UGAAUGACUAGUUUUGUGACCAUUUGGUGUCUAUUUAAUUGUCAGUUCAUUACAAACAAGAGGUUCAUUGGACACAAGAAUGGCUCACAAGAAGACAAAGACUGAGAGGAAUGUGACCACAGAUGAGGGCAAAGUGAGUGGACAACAGCCACAAAUGUAUGCAAAGAACUCUUUGGACCGAUUCGGUGAUGAUUUGUGUCAACACUUAUUGUCUUAUCUGCCACUCGAAGACCGUUUCCGACACGAGUGUCUCUCCAAACAGUGGCAGCGAUUAAUAUACGAGACCAUCGAUGGCAUCACUAUUAAUCGCAAACUCAUGAAGAAAAUGAAGACAAAAAACAUUUUUGGCGAAAAAAGUGUCCCAACAUUGAGACCAUUGACUGUCGAAAAGUGGGAUCAGAUGCGAGUGAAGUGUUUGCAGCCAUCGAUGAGAUGCGAGACAAUUGUCGACAUUUAA